AUGGCCGCCAUGACGGCGAACAACGGGCCCGUCGACGGAACGCCCAUCAUGGGCAACCUGCCACACCCCAAGCGACCUAUAGAUCCACGCGAACAGCUCAACACAUACAUCUACGACUACUUUCUGCGGAAUAGCCACUUCCGGCUCGCGCGCACCAUGCUCGACAGCGAGUUGAAGAUGUCCACCGGCCCGCCGCCCAAGACCAGCCCCAACAACAGGCCCAAUGGCAUCGACUCGAUCGAGGACGAAGAGCUCGCCAGCUUCCCCGCCCCGCAACUUCCCGCAAACCAAAUGGCCGACAAUUCGUUCCUGCUCGACUGGUGGGUCCAGUUCUGGGACAUCUAUCAAGCCACCAAGACCCGCACCGGGCCGUCCAAAGGCACGCAGUACAUCCAGCACACCCGAAACCUCACGCAGAUGCAGAAUGAUCAGCGGAACCAGCGCAUGAUGAUGAACAAUCCCAUGACAGCCCAGUAUCAGACACUGUUGCGCGGAGGCAUGCCCAACGGAGUUGCGCCAAAUGACCUCAAGCGGGCAGCAGCUAUGAAUAACCGGCCCAAUGGCAACCCCAUGGCGGGCAUGCAGAUGAAGAACCAGACCAUGAUGGCUGCCCAGAUGCAGCGCGACGGCUCAGGCAUGGACAUGAACGGCCAGCGCCCACAAUCGCCGGGGUCCAACGACAAUGCCCCGUCCCCGAACAAGCGCCCCCGCGUUGAUGGUGGAAUGAACCCUGGCAACAUGCAGGGCAACCAAUUUGGCGAGUUUGCGCAGCAAGGCCAGAACGCGCAACAGAAGAACAUCGAGGUAUAUGCCCAAAGCCUGGCCCAACAACACAGAGUGGCAUUGAAUAACACUUCGUCCCCCCAGGGUAUGAGCUCUGGUGUUCAAGGCUCCCCGAUGGCUCAGCCCGGGCUAGACGGUCAGCAUGACAUGUUCGCUGGCAACGGCCCACGACCUGGCAUGCCCAACCCUCAAGGCGCUCCCCAGCAGGGUAACCACGCUCUCCAGGACUACCAGAUGCAGCUCAUGCUGCUCGAGCAGCAGAACAAGAAGCGGCUACUAAUGGCCCGGCAGGAGCAGGAUAACAUGUCUGGACCCCACCAGCAGGGUGCUGUCGGCGCUCCCGGCUUUGUAAAUGCCAUGUCGCCUCAAGGAAGUAGAGCUGGCCCAUCGCCCAACCCGGCAGACCAGAUGAAGAGAGGUACCCCGAAACUAGGCCAACAAGGCCCACCAGGAUCACCCAUGCCGGAGGGAGCGAUGCAACGGCAAGGCGGUUCACCAGCACCAAACAUGGGUUUCGAUCCGAACCUGGCUCCCCCAGGGAUGCCUCCACAGUUCUACCAGCAGAUCCAGAACCCCAUGAUGAGGCCUCCAAGCUCACAUCCUGGGGCACAAUUCAGCAACCAGCAAUUGACUCCGCAGCAGAUGGACGCUAUGCGCAAUGGAGCGCAGAUGCCAAAUGGUGCCUGGCGUGGCCCGCCGCAGCCGGGAAUGAUGCCAGGCCAGCAGCAGAUGGGGGGUCCUAUGGGCCAAAACCCUCAGCAGCGACAAAUGCCACCACCUCCCGCGCCGGUCAACGAACAACCGCGACCGGAGCCAUCACCAUCACAGUCUAGCCAGGCCCCACCGACACCGUCACAGACGAACAAGGCCGGUCCGAAGAAGAAGCCUACCAAAGACAAUAAGAAGCCUGCAAACAAGAAAGGGGCAGCUGCAGCUGCAGCUCCAGCGGCUACAAAUGGCGAAGAGCCUCCAACACCGACUUCGUCGACUCCAAUUGCACCGAUUACGCCAGUUCACAAGCAAUCUUUUAACCAAGGACAGAAUGGCCAGCCGCAACAACCCGUACAACCGCAGCCUCCUGCCCAGCAGCAACCUAUGGACAACAAUGCCCCUCCCUUUGGCAACAUUGAUCCUGACCCUAGCUUUGAUCUCGGCCUUAACUUUGGCGACGAUGCCGGCGCCCUAGAAAACUUCGACUUCGACUCCUUCCUUCAUACCAGCAAUGACAAUGACGCCUUUGGCAUCUCGGUCGGCGACUUUGACUUCAACAACACAACAGAAGUCGGUGGCGAUCUAUAA